AUGGCACACAAAUCGUCUGCAGUGGCUGAUGAGCCCAUUGACGUGCUCUUCGCCCUGCAUCCCAAGUUUAACCUCAUGGACUUUGCUGGCCCUCUCGAGGUCCUUACCACCGCCCUGCACGACGCCAAUGAUCCUUCUUCGAGAGCCUUCGAAGUCACCAUCGCCUCGGGUGAGCCCACCGUUCUCUCAGACCAGGGAGUCACCAUUCAGUCCCAGAUCACCUGGAAGGAGGCCCACGAGCGCCUAUCAGAAUUUGACGUCCUCAUUGUCGUCGGCGGCAACGUAAACGAUGCCAUCCUGAAGGCGAAGGCCGAGCCCAUGCCCCUCAUUACUGCCUACUCUGAGAUCCAGAAGGCUGAUCCCACUCGCGAGCGUACCCUGCUUUCCAUCUGCACCGGAUCCAUCUUCUUGGCCGAACUUGGUAUCCUGUCUGGUCUUUCUGCGACCACCCACCCCGACUAUAUGACUCAGUUCGAGAACCUCUGCAGCCAUUCGGCAGUCCGUGAUGCUACCGAGCGUACUGAUGUCAUCGAAGAUGCCCGAUACGUGGUGAACAACUUGCGCUUCGACAUUGGAGACGAGGAUGAGAAUCCCUACGUGCGACGCAAGUCUGACGCUGGCCGUCGUCCUUCCAAUGCCCGAAAGGGAUCCAUGUCCUUCAAGGGUGCGACACGUCGCGAAUCCAUUGCCCGCCGCGCAGCGAUGCGCCUAGGUGGACUGCGUGUCAUUACGAGUGGGGGAGUGGCCGCCGGCAUGGAUGCAGCUCUGUAUCUGGUCAGCGUUAUGGUUUCUGAGGAAUCUGCUAAUGAAGUUGCCCGGUUCAUGCAAUUGACCUGGACCAAGGGCGUUGUUGUUGAUGGUCUUGAUGUUUAA